UCAAACCACUCUGCACCACGGUCCACACGCACGCCAGCCAUCACGCGCUCCUCUUCUUCCCCCUAUCUCAUCCGCUGAUCUGCUGCUCCUCCCGUCGAACGUAUAUAUAAGACGCCUCGCCUUCUAAUUCUCGAGGCCACAGCAGAAGCAAGCUAGUAGUACAACGAGAUUUAUAGUCGAAGUUUCUUUUGGAAUUCCAAGCGAUAAGCAGAGAUUUCAAACCAUCAAUCAACGACGGUUCAACUGGAGCGCUGAAAUGGCAACGACCAAGCUGUCCCCGGUCUCGCCUGUGCGGCCGGACGAUAAGCGGCGCGCGCCGUCGGCGGCGGCGGUUCUGAAGGUGCCGGACAGCACGGCGGCGGAGGCGUACGAGCAGUACCUCCGGCUGCCGGAGCUGUCGAGGCUCUGGAAGGACACGUGCUGCCCGGGCUGGGCCGACGAGGGCCUGGUCAAGCCGGCGCUGCAGGCGCUGGAGAUCACCUUCCGAUUCGUGUCCCUCGCGCUCUCCGACCCGCGUGGCUACGCCAGCCGCCGCGAGCUCGCGCGCCGGCUCGAGUCGCUCGCGGCGCGGGAGGUGGAGCUUGUGGCCGCGCUCUGCGAGGGCGGCGAGCGGUGCGCGCCGCCGCUGGCCGCGCUGAGCGCGUCCGGGGGCGUGCUCCCGCGGGAGCGUAGCGCGUCCGAGGUGUGGCAGCUCCCCGGGAGCGCGGCCGCCGUGGUGUGCCACGCCAGCGAGUCCAGCCUGCUCCCGCGCCUCGCCGCGUGGGACAAGUCCGAGACGCUGGCGGCCAGGAUCAAGUACGCCAUCGAGAGCCAGAUGCAAGGGUGCGCCUUCUCCCUCGGCCUCGGCGAGCCCAACCUCGCCGGCAAGCCCGUGCUGGAGUACGACCGCGUGGUGCGCCCGCACGAGCUGCACGCCCUCAAGCCCAAGGUCGCGCCGGAGCCCAAGACGGGCUACCGCAACAGGGAGAACGAGGCGCUCUUCACCAUCCACCAGAUACUCGAAUCCUGGCUGUGCGCGGCGUCCCAACUCCUCGCCCGCCUCAACAGCCGAAUCGAGGCCAGAGACUGGGAGGCUGCGGCGAGCGACUGCUGGAUCCUGGAGCGCGUCUGGAAGCUGCUCGCCGACAUCGAGGACCUGCACUUGCUGAUGGAUCCGGACGACUUCCUGCGGCUCAAGAGCCAGCUCGCGAUCCGGGCGGCGCCGGGCACCGACGCGUCCUGCUUCUGGUCCAGGGCGCUGCUGCACGUCGCGAACGGCACGAGGGACAUCAAGAAGCAGGUGCCGUCGAUAAUCGGCGUCGAGGUUGACCCCAAUGGCGGGCCGAGGGUGCAGGAGGCGGCCAUGAGGCUGUACCACGGCCGGAGGCGCGGCGAAGGCGAGGACGCCGGCAAGAUCGAGCUGCUGCAGGCUUUCCAGGCCGUGGAGGCGGCCGUGCGGAGGUUCUUCUUCGCGUACCGGCAGCUCGUGGCGGCCGUGAUGGGCACGGCGGAGGCUUCGGGCAACCGGGCGCUGUUCGUGCCGACGGAGGGGACGGACCCCUUGUCGCAGAUGUUCCUCGAGCCGCCGUACUUUCCCAGCCUCGACGCCGCCAAGACGUUCUUGGCCGACUACUGGGUUCAGCACAUGGUCGCCAACUCUGCUUCGUCCGGGCAGAGCUGAAUGUCUGAUUGUCUGAAGAACGGCGAAAGCGAAGCGACCCGUAAUUUUGCAGGCAAGUGAAGAUGAUGCUGUAAUCUAUAGCGAUCCAUUUAUGUAGCCAUAGAGUGUAGUGCGAGUAGAUAAACUCUUACGCGUGCGUGUUGUUUUGUGAUUUGUUCUACGUAUUUCACGAAGAUAUCGAUUCAAUUAGAUCACAUUGGGAACGGUAGUCUGAUGUAUUUCAAUUGCGUUCCUCUAAUGUAAAUAUCAUUCAGAAUCAAUGUAAUAUGUACGCGGUAAAACAUUACCUACU